GGAAAGACGAGGGGAAAAAAGCGAAAAAGCCCGAUAUUUAAAUGGUUUUUUUUUUCCGGCGCAGCGGAAAUUUUUGUUUGAUGUACAUUUGAAAGGCAGCUGCAUCUCGAAGAUAGUGAUACAAAAGGGAUAAAAAUAUUGUUGGAUGGCGAGGUAUCACAGAUAAUUUAUUAUUAUGAUCAUCGAGAAUUUAAGAAUCUUUCUAAGACUAUCGGCUUUGGAGGUUCUGCUUCGGUUUACACCGCGAAAUGGAUGGAAACAACAACAACAUAUGCAAUUAAAAGAUUUCGCAAUAGUUCUAGGGAUGAUAUUAUUAAUGAGGUUUAUUUAAUGGGAAAAGUUAAUUGUCACCCAAAUAUUAUUAAAAUUUGUGGAGUUACGACACUUGAAGGCGAAACAAAUUAUUCGCUCAUCCUCGAAUGUGCGGAUAGUGGAACAUUAGGAGAGUAUUUAAGGGAAAACGCUGCAACUUUUAGAUGGGAAGAUCAAUUAAAAUUUGCAAAUGAUAUCGCAAGUGCAGUUUUGUGUCUACAUAGUCAUCAAAUUAUCCAUGGUGAUCUUCAUCCCGGUAAUAUUUUAAUACAUCAACAUUCGAUAAAAAUAGCAGAUUUCGGACGUUCACGUCUUCACGGAUCGGUUAUCAACAAAAAAGAAAAAGCAUAUGGCGUAAUUCCUUACAUGGAUCCAAAAAUUCUUAAAGACCAUUCGUGUGAUUUAACCGAAAAAUCCGAUAUAUAUAGUCUAGGAGUAUUAUUCUGGGAAUUAACAAGUCGUAAGUCGCCUUUUGAUUUUGAAACAAAAAAUAAUUCCCCUUUCGAAAUUAUUAAAAUCAAGUCGAACAUCCUUGAGGGUAUGAGAGAAAAACCUUCUCCAAGCACAAACCAUAAAUUUAUUGCGCUGUAUAAAAAGUGUUGGCAACAUGAACCAAAUACAAGACCAGAAAUUCGCCAAGUAAUUUUAGAACUUGAAGAACUCAAUAAUAAUGAACCUUUAGUUGUAUCAGAAAUUUUUAGUUCUGAAGAAAUCGAAACAACAUUAGAAAUAUCAGAAACACCAGAAAACGAUGAAGUUAACGUACCAAGUUAUGACUGUGACAUAAACAAAUAUGAGUUAUAGAAUACUUAAUUAUGAUGUAUUUUUUAUUCGUAUCAUUUGUAGACAACAUGACUUAAAUUAUAGAUUAAUUUUCGUGGUUAUCGUAAAUAUAUCGUACAGUACAAUGAAAUAAUGAGUAAAAAAAAAAA